AUCAGACUUCAUUUACACUUCUUAUAAUUAAAGCUUCCCAGAACAGAGUGAGUGAAGGGGUCGACCUGAGAAAAGGAUUUGUGGAACACGCAUUUAAAAUGCAUUUCAUCUCAAGUUGGGUAUUGCUAUUAUUGAUGGUAUUAAAUUUGAGUACAGGCCAAAACAACAAGGACUGGGACAUCAUCUUUAAUCCCCCAGAGGUUACUGCAGUUCCAGGAUUAUGCGCUUUCAUCUCGUGUACCUUCACUUACCCAGACAAAACCGAACAUAUUCAGAACACACUGUGGCUUUCAUGUAAUAAAACGAACAUCUGUAAUAACACAAUUUUCAACUCCAGUAUAAGUGGAAGACAAGGAAAGAGUGAAAAAAUACAGAUUGACAUGCUUGAAAUGGAUCCAAACAAAAAAAAUUGCAGCAUCAUUUUGAAAAACAUUAAAGCCACAGAUCAAAAACAAUAUGCUUUCAGAGUGGAAUGGAGUAAUACUCAGGAAUUCACAUAUCCUACAAGAUUAAAAGUUGUCAUUCAAGAAAAGCCCAUAAUAGAUAUUCCCCCUCUCAGAGAAGGAGAGCAGGCUAACCUGACCUGUUCAGCCCCUUUCCCCUGCCCUCAAACACCCCCAGAUAUAACAUUUUGGAUUGAGACAAAAUCUGAAGAUUUCAAGGGCCUACAAGAUAGCAUCACACUGACCAAUAACAAGAGUCAUUACCUCUCAACUUUGACCUUAACCCCAACCUCCAAGCUGCAUAAUGCCACCGUUAGAUGUCAAGUGAGCUAUGGACCCAAAAAUAUCAGCACCAGCAGGACCCUAGAGGUGACAAAUCCUACAGAUGAAUCAGUUAUUAACUGGACAAUAAGACCAACAGACCUAAAGUUGCACAGUACUGUAAGUGAACAUUUGACUGAGAAAGGUCAAAAGAUGCUGACUGACACCAGAGGAACUACAGAUGGAAAUACCACCUCUGUGGUUGUUCAAACUUUUGAAACUUUUCUAAAGAAAUUGGACCUCUUAACAAUAUUCACAUUUUUGACGGGAAUGGCAUGUUCAGCUGUCAUCAUCUCAGUGACAUUGUGUUGUUGGGUGUCUUGCCGCAGAGUCAAAAAACACAAAGUGCUGACUGCAAACCCAGACACUGGAGUUAAUUUGGAGACAGUGCAGACAGAUGUAGAUCAGACUGGAACCAAUGAACAUACACCUCUUCAUGGCCAGUUAGAUGCAGGGACCCCAGACAAAGCUGCACCAACAGGAUUAGCAGUGGAGGAAGAAGCAGCUGGGGCAGAAGUAGGAGAGGUCACCUACGCUACUAUUGACUACUCCCUUCUAGAGAAGAAACCAGCUGAGGAGGAAGAGAGGGAGUCAACGGAUACAGAGUAUGCUGAGAUCAAGCGGGACACACAAGGAAAAGGAAAGAAAUAUGAAGAUGUCCAGAAUGAAAUGUCAAAUGCAGAAACAGCAGACCAGAAACAGAAGGGAGAGGAGGAGAUUUAUUCGAAUUGACCUUUUGCUGAAUUUUGAAAAGGAAACUAAAGAGGCAAAGGUUUAAAUCAGUCAAGACUUUGUAGAAUAUUUCAAUAUUUUAGUUCAGAUAUUCAAGGUGACAAAAAUUGGGAAAUAUUCAUGUUUAGUUGUCUCUUCAUAAAAAAAAAUUGUUUUAUAUUUUAUACAUUAACUCUUUGUAUGUUUUAUCUUGCAUCUAGUUAUAUUACACAAGGUUUGAAAGAUCUCAGAUGUGUAUUUUAGGAAGUGUUAAGUUUAAGCAACUGCUGCAAAUGUGCUUGUGUAAUUUAAGGUUUCUGAAACUCCUGACCUUCUCUUGAAUUGCUUUAGCA